ACAUCAGGGAAGUGAACUGUUCAACUUAGCGGAGGCAAAGCAAGAGAACUGUUUUUAUGGAAGCCUCUUAUGGGAAUUAGUCGCACAACAGUAUUGUACUGGUUGGGUUACACAAGCUAAUGCUAACGUUAAGUUGUUGUUAACUCAACUCGGGUGUUAUUAGAAGCUUAGAUAUAGCGUUACGAAGAGGGAGAAGUAUUACGACAUCAACCUGAGCUUCCUGAACUGAAGUCAAGCUAGGUAACCUAAACCUACAGCCGCAGAGGACGCCGAAGGUGAAAAACAAAGCUCAGGAAAAGGUUAACCGACAGUGAGACGUUGUAAGCUAUUCUUAUAAGACGAACCGCAUUAAGUUUUGGUACAUCUCAACCGAGUUCCGCCAUGUCUCUGGCCGACCAGAGCCAGCAGUGGUUCCCUACGAGUGUACAGGUAACGGUGCAUCAGGCUCGGAACCUGCGUGUCAAGGGCAAGAAUGGCACCAACGAUGCCUAUGCCAUCAUCCAGGUGGCCAAAGACAAGUUUUCUACCUCUGUGGCAGAGAAAUGUGUCGCUCCAGUGUGGAAAGAAGAGGCUUCGUUUGACCUGCCACUUUUCCACCCGGGAAACACUGAACGCUGUACACUGUAUGUCAUAGUAAUGCACCGUGCCCAAGUGGGGCUCGACAAGUUUUUGGGUCAAGCUGUGGUAAGCUUACUGGAUCUUCAUGACAACAAGUCUCGCAAAAAGACAGAUUGGUUCAAGCUGGUGGACAAGACGGGAAAAGAGGACAAGGUUCGAGGGGAGGUGAUGCUAGACAUACAAUUUAUGAGAAACAACAUGUCAGCUAGCAUGUUUGACCUUUCUAUGCAAGACAAGCCACGCUCCCGCAUCUCCAAGCUAAAGGACAAAGUCCGUGGGAAGAAAAAGGAUGGCUUCUCUGACUCUGUUUCAGCUAUCGUUCCCUCUGUCAGCCAGGUCCUCACCGACAGUGAGGGAGAGGCUGAUGCACAGUCACUCAAUCAGUCUCCAGGAGUGAAAAAGAAAUCAAAGCUCAAAUCCCUCUUUGCUCCCAAGUCAAACUUGCAGCGCAACAUCUCUCAGUCCAUGUCUACACUGGGGACUCUUCCCGAGAAGAACUCAUCUCUCAGUGGCAGCCGCUCAUCUGGACUCAAUAUAGACUCUCCUGAAGUUAAGAAGAAAUUCAAAUUCCUGGGACACAAGCGAACAGGCAGCUCUGACAGCAAGGUGUCUCAGGGUCCUUUCUCUCUUCUGGGUCGCUCCAAGCAAAGCAACAGUGACCUGAACAACCUGUGCAUCAACGGCAGCCAUGUGUACGCAGAGGAGGCAGAGCCCAAGAGUGGAUCUACACUCAGUCUGAACAGUUCAGGACAAGGGUCUGUGGAGGAUGUCCGCAAACACACCUCUGAUGCCUCCGCAGAUUCCCUUAGAAGUGCACCUGUCCCCUUCUACAGACGUGAGUCAACAGAUAGAGCUAUACUGGAGCAACAGCGCCAUCAAGAGGAGGAGGAGAGAAGGCAGGCAGAAGAAAGACGCAUGGCAGAGGAAAAGAGGCUGGAGGAAGAGGAGAGAUACAGAGCAGAGGCCAAGAGAUUGCAGGAAGAAGAGGAGCGCAGAUACCAAGAGGAACAGGGGAGGAAGAGACGCUUAAUUGAGGAUGAAGCAAGGAGGAAGAAACAGAAGGAGGAGGAGGAAGAGAGAAGAAAGCAAGAGGAAGAACACAUGAUAGAAAAUCAGAGGCUUGAGGAGGAACGUAGCAAAGCAGAGGAGCAGAAACGACAGGAAGAGGCCUCCAUGAGCGACAGGCUGUCGUCCCUGUUUGGAAUGAUCAGAAAGAAGGAGGAGAAAAAAGAAGAGGUACAGCAGCAUUCGAAAGAGGAGUUACCUACACCAGCCCCUUGCAGUGACUCAAGAGAUUCUGAUCAACCGAUCUCUCACCACCCCACCAACCCGUUUGAGGACAUUCCCCUCAGCUCAGAUCUUAGAGUUAGCAGUAAUGAAAGCCCAGCUGAUCACCAGAAAUCCAGCCACAACCCACAACCCCCCUCUGCCAUGGUCUUCCUCAACCGCACUGCUAAAGUGUCUGCAGUCAAACCCAGAUUGGCUCAAUCUCUGGAGUCUGAACCCGCUGACUGCCAAACCCCCAGUCAGCUGUGUCCUUCCCCAACCACCUCUGAGUCCACCCUCUAUAGUGUCCCAUCUGAGUCCCCUGAUAAUUUCUCCAACCUCCACUCAUCCUUGGCUCCGCUAAACAUAAGUCAAAGCCUGUCUGGUUCCCCCUGUGGCAGCACAGAGAAUUUGUCGUCUGUGGAAUCUGAGGGAUCGUCACCCACCAUGGCAGACAAGAAGAGAAGGGCCCCGCUGCCACCCAUGUAUUCCGUACCUGGGACCGAAACUGGAAGAAACCGCCUUUCACCUGUCGGAGAGAUCAAUGACCCUGCAUACGUAGAAGCAGAUGAAUCGCAACAAGGCAAAACAAUUUCUAUACCACUUCCUGAUUAUGAAACCCUCUUUCCACAGAAGAGGCACGGAGUGCAAGGGCAAACUCGAUGGGAUCAUAUAAUCGCUGAGGUCAAUCAGAGACACAGGGACACUCCUGAACUUCUGGGUCCAGAGAUGAGUGUGGAUGGCCCAGAGGAGUAUGACCCAAGUCCAAGGUCUUCCAUAUCACAAGAAAGUCCUGCUAUGAGGCAUUAUCAAACACACCCUCAGGACACCAAACCUAUAUCAUCAAAAAAAGUAGCUGCCCCAGCUCCCCCUAAACCAGUCACAUCACAUACUCAUUCAGCAGCAGAUUCAAGUCAAAGCCAGAACAUUGCUCACCAAUCUGUCAUGAGACUUCAUCAAUUUGCAGUCCCAGGACCUGUAAACACUGACAUCUCAAGCAGAGAAAGUUUCUCAGGGAUCUCCAGGGAUGGAGCGAAGAAGGCGUUGCUCCCAUCUGCGAUAAGACAUGCAUCCAGACCAACUAGCCAAAUGGAUACAACAGCACCAGAAGAUCAGCAGAAAGUGCAAGUCUCCAUGAACAAAGAUGCACCUACAGCCAAACCCAGACAGAGGGUUAACGGCAAAGAGCCAACACAGCAGGAGGAUUCUGCAUUAUUUCGUGUGAGCAGCAUGGACAAAAAGGGUGGGCAGGCAAAGGAGAACUUAGCAGAGUUUUACCCGUUCUCCAGUACCGAGCGUCUUUCCAAAGACCGAUGGGCACAUCUGAAACAGAACCAAGACGUCAACAACCCUUUUACUGGCAACAUACAGAGAGAGCAGAAAUCUGACAGUCAGGGAAUGACGACAGAUGAUCUUGAUAAAAUCUUUGCUCAAGAGAAGCCAACAGAUCCCUUUGCUAGUUUUAAUGGCAGUGAUUCAAACAAACCCAGUGAAUACAGGAAAAAAGGUGAUGAUUCGAAGGAAGCCGGUUUUCAUAUUUUCCAAAGAAGGAAUUCACAGAGGCAAAAACACGUUCUUCAGUCAAAAACUCAGUCGGAUGAUAAAAAUUUCAAGUCUCGUCAAGAACCAGCAUCUAAAGAAGAAACACCCACAAAUCAAGGCCUCCCCACAAGAGAUGUCAUGAAUGAGUCUGUUACACCUCAGCCCCAAGAUGAUGUGAAGACACAAAGCAAUUUUAAUGGAGGAGAGAAUCCAUUCGGAGCUGAACCUUUUCCUGUGCCUUCUGCAUUGAUGUCGUCAGAGCCCCCGCGGGUGGUUAUGGAGGAGCCAGCAGGAGGUUUGUCCGGGGGAAAGGAACUUUUUCAAGCAUGGAUCUCACCGUCUGAGGUUCAGCCUGUCAGUGCUCAGAAUAGCAAUGGAGGUGGGCUAGCUUUGACCGCACGCAGGCCUCAUCCUGUGAAGCCUCUGACCUCAGUUGAGAGCCAGCAUGCCACCAGCACCCAAGCUGUGAAAGAGAUUAAGGUCUGGGACAGCACACCAGGGAAGAUUAAGGUGGCAAACUCAGGUGAAAGUGGACCUUACACUCAGCUGACCCAGGAAGAGUUGAUCACACUGGUGGUGAAGCAGCAAACAGACCUGUCCAGGAAGGACGCCAAGAUCGUCGAGCUUGAAGAGUACAUCGACAACCUGGUGCUCCGCGUCAUAGAGGAGAAACCCAGUAUCCUGCAAGCCAUUAACCAUGCCAAGCCAGUGUAAGGUUACGGCUACUGGAAGGAGAGAGUCACGCUUAAGGACUCAGUUCUGUUUUUUGUGUGAGUUUGUACUUUAGUCACUGUGUACUGAGAGACACGAUCUCAAUGAAGGUCUUAGGGCAUAUGCACUUUUUUAGUUUCAGAGCCAAAUUUGUUUGAGAAUGCUGGAAAAUGGCCUCUGAACUAAUAAUACUUUGUGAUGACUUAAUAACAAGCAAGUAAAAAUCUUUAUAUAAGCAAAUUAAUGUAUUUCUUUUGACACUAAGGUACUGGAAUUUGCUUUGAAAAAAACUUGUUAAAUGAAAGUAUAUUCAACAUCUUGAUUUAUAUACCACACUUGAUGACACUUGUGUUGAACUUUAUUUAAUACACAUACAAUGCAUAGAAACGUAUAGUUUUCUUAAACUAUUUUCUGGCCUUUUUUUUACUCUUUACACUGGGCUUUGUGUAACUUACUACUGUGUGAUGCAUGACCACAUACAUAACCUUAUACAUACAUAACCUUGGAGUGCAUAACUGCAGGUAGCAACCAUGAAUUCUGACCUUAUCAGCUAAAUCAAGAUUAAGAACAUUUAUAUAACAAGUGCACAUUGACUUUUGCCUCUACCACUGAAGUCUUAUUUUUUUUUCUUUUUUCUUUUUUCUUUUUUUGUCGACCCUUUUUAUUUUAUUUUUUUACCAGGCAGUUAACUACAUUCCUCACCUGUUUUACCCACCACAGUUGAAUGUCAGCUGGUUGUCCAGUCCUUAAGAAGAUAUUGUGCCUACUUUUGCUUCAAGGAGGUGUCAUUUAGAAUACCAGCAAUUAAUAAUAGCAAGCAGCUACUAUGUACUGUACAUUUUUUGAAUUACACGGCAGUUACAGCAGUUUUUUUUCUUUAUGUGGUUGUAAUGUAGCCUGUGCACAUAGAUGAAAAUAAAAUAUUAUGCAAGCAAUAGUACAGAUAGAAUCAAACUAUUCUAAUAAUAAUGUAAGAUUUUGAUCACUGUGAUGUUUGUGUUGUAUUUAUAAAAUAAAAACCAAGAGAUGAUCAAAAACAAAUCAUCAGAGGAAGAGUAAAUGACUCAGUAUCAGUAAUACCCAGCCUUGUCUUUGUAUUUAAACUACACUAAUGAAUGAAACCUGCAUCUAUGCCUUUACAUGAUAAUACUGUUUGAUGUCUUGGCAGAAAUUAUAGCAAUAUUAAUCUUUAGAAUGUACAGACCUGUGCCUUCAAAACCUUUUUCAUGACUUCUGUUUGCUGGAUGGAGAAAUGUCGGCUACCUCUCUUCUUUUUCUGCAGAAUGGUCAGCCUGGUGUAUCAGGUGUCUGACAUUAAGAUAAUACUACAGUCAAUGUAAAACUGCUGAAAGGAGUGAUGCUGAGCAAAAUGUGGUUUUAUUUGAAAUAAAGACACUAAUUAUUUCACCA